UAUCUGAGGUGGAACCUUCGCUCUUUCUUGCUGUCAAUCUUGAAGACAUCAACGGAUCCUCCCUUCCAGAAACAAUCGGACCUCCAAACCUCUUCACAUCACCUCCAGCAACAUGUCGUCAAUCGCGAAAUCCAACAUCCUCGUCCUCGGCGCAACAGGCGCCACCGGCCUCAUCUUCACCCGCCUCGCCCUCAAACAAUCCCCAUCACCAAGUCUAACCCUCUUCGCGCGCUCCGCCGCCCGCGUCCCCUCCGAAUUCAGCGCCUCCUCCCACGUGCGCAUCGUCGAAGGCGCGCUCACCGACCCCGCCGCCCUCUCAACCGCCAUGAAAGACGUGACCACCGUCGUCUCCUUCCUCGGUGCCUACCCGACUCUCCGCGCGUUCAUCUACCGCACCAAAACCACCCCCAUCGCCGACGCCUUCCCAAACGUCUUCAAUGCGAUGCGAGACGCGGGGGUCAAGCGCAUCUUCGCGCUGUCAACGCCCGCAUUCGAGGUUCCGGGCGAGGUGAGAGGUUGGGGGUGGUAUCUGAGUAUGAAGCUGCCGCCGUUCAUGGUGCCGCAGGGGCACGCGGAGAUGAAGGGGAUUGCGGAGCAGGUGGCGGCGCAGAAGGAUCUGGAUUGGACCGUGUUUCGGGUGCCGUUUUUGGAGAGCGAGAAUGGGGGGCCGGAGAAGGAGGUUGUGGCGGGGACGUUGUCGCCGGAGUUUAAGGGGAAGACGGCGCUGUCGAGGGAGGGGUUGUGUAGGUGGUUGCUUGGGGAGAUUGAGAAGAGGGAGUGGGUGAAGAAGGCGCCGAUUUUGGGGAAUGCGUGAUCGAGGUCGGUUUGAGUUGGUGGCGGGUUAGUCGGGGUGGCGUUGGACGUGGCUGCGAUGAAGUAGUCGGUACCGGAGGGUACUUUCCUAUUGAUGGCGAUUGUUAGUGGAUUGUGGGGUACAAGGCUCGGAAGCGGGGAACCCAUGAUUCGAAGUUGCCGACAGGUCGUCCUACCUAGGCAGAUCUCCUACUCAGAAAUCAUCCAGCACGAUAAUGCG